CCUCUUGCCAGCAGCAUGCCUUAUUUUGCAAAGCUCCUCUUAGUGAUCUUCUGCUUAGUUCUUCUCGUGGAAAGCAGAAAGCACAGGAGGAGGAGGUGGACGAACCAGCUGGAGGUGCAGAGGGCGAGCCACAUCUACAAGAAGAACCGAGAUGUGACCAAGUCCUGGAAAGGGAAGACCGAGCAGCUUCUCAGGGUCGAUGACCACGACUUCAGCAUGCGGCCAGCUUUUGGAGGCCCUGCAAUUCCUGUUGGGGUGGAUGUGCAAGUUGAAAGCCUGGACAGCAUUUCUGAGGUUGACAUGGAUUUCACCAUGACCCUGUACUUAAGGCACUACUGGAAGGAUGAGCGUCUCUCCUUUCCCAGCACCACCAACAAGAGCAUGACCUUUGAUGGCAGGCUGGUGAAGAAGAUCUGGGUUCCUGAUGUCUUCUUUGUGCACUCCAAGAGGUCCUUUAUUCACGACACCACCACCGACAACAUCAUGCUGCGAGUGUUCCCCGACGGCCACGUCCUCUACAGCAUGAGGAUCACAGUGACAGCAAUGUGCAACAUGGACUUCAGCCACUUCCCCCUGGACUCCCAGACGUGCUCCCUGGAGCUGGAAAGCUAUGCUUACACUGACGAAGAUCUGAUGCUGUACUGGAAAAAUGGGAACGAGUCUCUGAAAACUGAUGAGAAGAUUUCUCUGUCUCAGUUUUUGAUACAGAAGUUCCACACUACAUCCAGACUGGCUUUCUACAGCAGCACAGGGUGGUACAAUCGCCUCUAUAUAAGCUUCACCUUACGCCGACACAUCUUCUUCUUCUUGCUGCAAACCUACUUCCCUGCCACCCUCAUGGUCAUGCUCUCCUGGGUGUCCUUCUGGAUCGACCACCGAGCAGUCCCUGCCAGAGUCUCUUUGGGGAUAACCACUGUGCUGACCAUGUCCACCAUCAUCACCGGGGUGAACGCCUCCAUGCCUCGCGUCUCCUACAUCAAAGCAGUGGACAUCUACCUGUGGGUCAGCUUCGUCUUCGUCUUCCUCUCGGUCCUGGAGUAUGCAGCAGUCAAUUACCUGACGACGGUGCAGGAGCGGAAGGAGAGGAAACUUCAGGAGAGAUUCCCGUGUACGUGUGGAAUGCCUCACUCCAAAACCAUGAUGCUGGAUGGGAACUGCAGCGAAUCUGAUGCCAACAGCCUGGCAGGGUACACGAGAAGCCAGAUGGUCCCAGAGGAAGACAAACAAGAGAAGAUGGUUGUGCACUUAGCUCUCAGCAAUGAGUCGAACUCAUCAAGGAGGAGAGGCCUGAAGGGCCCCGUGGGCUUGCGCAUCAUCCAGAACAGCCACACCAUCGACAAAUACUCCAGGUUCAUAUUUCCAGGCACCUAUAUCUUUUUCAAUCUCAUCUACUGGUCUGUCUUUAGCUAAGCCUGCUGCCACAGCAGUGACUGAGGUGAGAACACAUUUGCAAAGCUCUCUUUCUGCUGGUUCCUUUUCAGCCUGACCUAGAUACAAAGCCAGAAAAGUGGUUAUUUAUUGCUUCUUUGGAGGGCAAAGAGGAGGACACAUCUUUAAGAGACCACUCUAUGGAGAGGCACCAUGGCAGAACCUGCUGUGCCAGUUGCUGUUCUUUGUGAAGCCUGAUCUAGAUACAAAGCCAGAAAA